AAAUAGGUGUAGACACAAAAAGGAGGGUUGAUUACUGGAUUGUGGCAUCAGAAAUCUCAUUUGGUGGAAUGCAAACUAGGAAUUCCAGUUAGACCCUUUAGGCCUUUUUUCUUACUACUUGUUUAGAUUUGGUAGAUUUAUAGGUAAAAAAUUGCAUAAAUUGCUCUAAAGUUCUUAGAGCUAGGUCAUUUCUGAUUGUAGCUUCUUAUUCAGAAAGGAGCUUGAGGACAUAAUACAUGAUAAGAUUGUUGUUUCGAUCACACUUUGCUUGAAAAGUAGUAGAAUAACCAGAUUCUGUUUUUCUUUUUGUGUUGCUAAGUAUUGUUACGUAUCUUUUGGUGUGUCGAUGUGUUUUUAAUAGAUGAAUUGAUGGCAAAACCAGCUCUUUUCCAAAAAGUGGGUGUAGACGAUAUAGGAGUGACUGCUGACUCUUACAUCUUGUUUACUACUUCCCCUUUUGGUCAAUUGCAAAAAAAAUUACUAUGGGAAAAAACAAACUACUUCUAAGAAUUUUCAGGCCAUAGAACAUUUUAUCUGGCAGUUAGUGUUGGCGAUAUAGUAUGAGUCACACUUUUUAAUAAAUUAUUGGCGUGUAACGGAUAUUUGGUGGUCAUACGCACUGAUCUUCAUUGUCCUGGAAGUGUAUUGUUGCUGAUAAAAAGUUCUAUUCUAAUUUCUGUAGCUGCAGAGAAUAAGAUACUAAAAGAAUAUUUUUUUUGUUGAUCUCUUGAAAUUGAUGCAAACUAAGAUGGAUGGUCAAGUAAGAACAUAAAAUGACUUUCUGCGUCACAACCAGCACUUCAAGGAGGGAUCAACCUGUUCUAAUUUUGUAAUGAAGAUUUCUUUUUUUAGCCUCCAAUAUAUUGUAGCAGCAACUGUUGUAACACAUUAGUUGAUAUCGGUUUCCUUGCGAUCAUAUUUCUGCAUUCUAGAAAUGUUUCUGCUGUAUCUAAUGUUUUACCAGAUAUACAUGGAGAGCAACUUGUUUCUAUUGGAUCUCAAGUGUUACACUACAGAUGGCAUUAAAUGACAAGUGUUCGCAUUUUGCUUAUUGUUAGUACUGGAUGGAGUAUUUGCUUUCAGUUAUGAUCAAAUGCUCAAUAACACGUUAGGAACUUGUCUGCUGCCUAACAUGGUAUAUGAAGCAUAGAUACCAUACUUCGCCACUUGACAGCCAUAUUUUCUUUCUUAACAUAGUAAUUGAUUGUACUUGGCCAACUUUGUGGCUCCUAAGAGUUUGUGUUUUAUUAAAUUUUAUGUACAAAUGACAAACAUUUCAUGUGGUUACAUUUUCUCUGAGGCGGCUUAAAGUUUUCCGACACACCUAAAUAAUCUGCUGCCCUGAUUUUUUUGUCGUUCAUAACGUGGUGUCCGGGCCAGGUUUCGCACACAACGACUGAUUUUAUGUAAUAUCGUCAUCUUCCUCCAACAACAGGUACUACGUUACUCUGUCCAUCAAGACUAGGACAAAUGGGAAGAAAUUAUAAUUUGCUGCCCUGUUUCCCCUUAUUGAAUGAACAUGAUAAAAUUUUCUUUGGGAGGACUCAUUAACUGAAUAUCUUCUUUUGGCCUGGAUGAAUUUGUCAAUUUUUUGUCAUCUUUGCAUUGUUUAUACUACAUAUAUUUUGACCAUCAAAGGUGUGACAGAAAUCUAGUGGAUUUGAGGAGCUUUUGAUGAGAAUACCUUUUGUGCAUCACUUGGUUCACAGUAUCAAGAUACUUCUAGUAACAUCUUUGGUAGUGUUGCUUGAGCUUGAAGCUUUUAUUGUGAAUGUGUAGCCUUUCCUCCCAUGUGAUUUAUAUGUUUAUUUUAGCUAUGGACUAUAUGAAUGUGUUUGUCUUGCACUGUUCCUUUCUUUAAGCUAGAUCAGCGAAGCAACGGUGAAUAGGUAAAGUUUGGUUGGUUGUAAGAUGUUGUAUUGCACCUUCUUUAGUGGUCUCCUCUUAAUAUUACUUCUGUGUUAAAGUUUGAAGAAUAUAUUUUAUGCAAUUUAUAUCGGUUUGAAACCCUGACCAUGUGAGCUUUGCAGACUGUAGCCUGUCCUAAGCCCAGAUAAAAGGGGGUUGAUGGCCGAUGUAAAUUAAUUUAACUAUGAAAAAUGUCUGAAUACUAUAGCUGACUCCAGCUAAAAUAGAUGCUGUUUGUCUUCCUGCAUUAGUCUAAAAUGUACAUGUGGAUGCAAUGAACCACAACUUGUGGAAUUGGUGUGGAAUUUGAAGUGAUUCUGAUAACUUGUGCAAUAUGGACCUCUUCUUGUAAAGUGACCACUUGUGAUGGUGGAUGCUUAGAAAAUGAGUGGAAGUUGACAUUGUUUCAUCUCGAUCUUGUAGGUCAUUUAGAUUGAUGCGGGUGUCAAUGUUGUUUGCAGUAUCUUAACUCCAUUUCCAGGGGAGAUGGUUUUCUUCAAUUUUCUUGGCUUUAUUAACUACUCAAAUUCUGUUUUGUCUUGUCUGAAUAUUUUGAUGUUCUUUACUACCUCAUUAGCAUACCAUGUUUAGGUUUUGCUUAUUAAAAAUGUUGUGGUUAGGUAUGCACUUGUUCUCGAUGAACAUUAUAUAGAAGUGCUUCUGAAUAAUUAUUAAACAGCGGAAGUAAAUACUCUUUCAGAGUAAGCUUAGUUAGCUUUCCUAAUUGUCUUUGUGGUGCUGUGUAGUUUCACUAUUCUUACAUAUCAUCUUACUCCUUUAAUCUGUUUUUUGGCACUAUGACUCUGUAUGCUAGCGACUCUUCUUUAAUGGGGCCCACAUAUGCACAUCUGCAUAUGUUAGCGACUCCAAAAGGGUAUACCAAUUUUGGAUAACAUCACUCAUAGGUAUCAAAGGCAAGUGCUCCAAGGGCAUGCUCAAAGAGUGGUGGAGAAGAAAUUGUUUUAGUUCUCUUGGUGAAAUAUACAGUCCCUAGGUUUCUUGUUCUUGGUAACUGUCUCAUCCAGGUGUUUUCUGUAUUCUGGUUGUUUAUUUGGUAGAAGAUCCUAUGUGGGUAGUUGCUUGUUUCUUUAUCAUGCAAAUAGUAAAUUUGCUUAUUAUGUAUACUUUGUAUAACGAACAUCUGCAAUUUAUGCUUGCUCUGCUAGUCUACUAGACAUGCCAUUCUUCAUAGAGAUAUUAUGAGGGAUACAACCAGUAUUAUAGAAUCUUGUGUCCAUUUAUUUUCUUGACCGGUUUUCAUUUGCCUUUUGCUUAAUUCUCUAGAUGGAUAGAAACUGUACUGUUGAACUUCAUUGUAGGUAUGCAAUGAUCUCUGUGCUGUGCGGUUUAUCAAGCCACAGAUAACUGUAAUCCAGAGAAGUCACAAGAUCAAAGGUGGUUUAUUUCAUCCCCACGACAGAGGGAUUUUGCAGUCUCUUGCUGGAUUUGUCUCCUGCACAAGGAUCAAAUGAUUAAUGGAAAAAUCAAAUGUAGAUGAGCGAAAUAUAGGAAUUGAAGUUAUAUUAGAAGAAAUCCAAAAGACUCAUAUAUUCUUCCGUAAGAAGUUUCAAUCUCUUGAUGAUUCAUUUAAGUUUUAUCUUUGAUUAUGCUCAUCGUAAUGGUUAUUGUGCGUCAUGAUUUUACGUAUUGUUACCUUGUUCAAUUGUCUUUAGUCGAUGCAGAAGAAACCUAUCUUUCUUUCUUUACGAAUAAUAAUGGUGCGCCUCGGUCAAAUAAAAUUUUUAUCGAAUAAGUCUUGCAACUGUUGUUUUAAUUCCUUUAGCUCUGUCGAAGUCAUACAAUAUGGGGGUAUGAAUAUUCGCUAUGUAUCAAGAGUCUAAUCAAUACCAAACGAGACAUGUUUUUUAAAGUUUGUCAAUAAUUCAGAUGUGUUUUUAAUAUUUUUUUUCUAUAUAAAAUCUAAGAUCGUUGAGCUCAGUAUUUUUCUUGGAAGUCAAAGUGGACAACCUCAAGGAAUGAUUUGACAUAUAAUGAUUUUAAGAACACUUGCAAAUCACCUAUUCUACAACAUAGGAAGGCGAGCAAAUAUAUUAUCCUACCAAAUCUUUUAUCAUAGUUUCAAAGACAAAUAUAAUGAAUCAAAUAGCAUUAAUUUAGACUUGUUACAUCAAAAUGGUCUUCUUCAUGACCAAUUUAGUCUCAAUCAAAUCAUCUCCACUUGUGCAAAAAUGGGUUCUUUUUCACUUGGAAUUCAAACUCAUUGCCAGAUUAUUAAAAUGGGGUUUGAUUCAAAUGUAUUUAUCAACACCGCUCUUGUUGAUAUGUAUGGAAAAUGUGGUUAUGUUAAAGAAGCAGAGCAACUGUUUGAUGAAAUGCCUGAAAGAAAUGUUGUGUCAUGGAAUGCUUUGAUUUCUGGUUAUUUGGACACCCAUUACCCUGAAAAUGCGAUUGUGUUGUUUCUUGAUAUGUUGAGAGAGGGUAUUAGACCGACCCCGUCGAGUGUUUCGGCUGUGUUGGUUGGUUGUGCUCAGUUAGAAGCAUGUGAAAUUGGGGCUCAGUUGCAUGGUUUGAGUUGGAAAGUUGGUUUUGCUUUGAAUCUUGUUGUAGGGACUGUUUUGAUUGAUAUGUAUUUGAAGUGUUUUGAUCUUGAGACUUCGAGGAGAGUUUUCGAUCAAAUGACUGAAAGGAAUGUUAUUACUUGGACAUCAAUGAUUACUGGUUAUGCGCAAAAUAGUUGCUCUUUUCAAGCUCUGAUUUUGUUCAAGGAAAUGUUGAGGUUGGGAAUUAGAGCUAAUUAUGUUACCUAUACGAGUUUAUUAAGCUCGUUUUCUUGUUCAGAUUACUUGGUUCAUUGUGAGCAGGUGCACUGUCAUGUAAUACAUCAAUGUUGUAAGACUAACCAUUACUUGGUGGUAUCGUUGUUGUCUGCUUACUCAGGGUGUAGUUGUAGCUUAGAGGAUUUCCGUAAGUUGUGUUCUGACGUUGUGAAAUGGGAUGAGAUCUCCUGGAAUGCAGUUAUAUCCGGUUUCUCUAAUUUAGGAGUCGGUGGAGAAGCGUUCUCCUGCUUUUCAAGAAUGAGGCGAUAUGGUUUUACUGUUGAUCAUUACACUUUUGCGAGCAUUUUGAAAGCAAUAGGGUGCAUUUCAGGCCUGGAGGAGGGAAUGCUUAUCCAUUGUCUAGCUCUGAAAACAGGAUAUGCUUCUGAAGUUAUCAUACAAAAUGGGCUUCUAUCCAUGUAUACAAAAUGUGGUAUACUUGAAGAUGCCGAGAAAAUAUUCUCAUCAAUGGAGGAACGAGACCUCAUAUCGUGGAACUCACUUCUUACAGGGUGUGCACAUCAUGGUUAUGGUAGUGAUGUGAUUGUAAUGUUUGAAGAAAUGAGGAGAUGUGGUAUUAAACCAGAUCUAACCACAUUCCUUAUUGUUCUUUCAGCAUGUAGACAUGCUGGCCUGCUCGACGAAGGGCUUAAAUAUUUUGAUCUGAUGAAGAAUGACAAUUCUCUACCACCACCAAAGCUAGAGCAUUAUGCUUGCAUAGUCGACCUGUAUGCCCGUGCUGGUCAUCUACAUGAAGCAGAGGACUUCAUCAACAAUAUGCCAAUAGAACCAGGACCUUCGGUUUAUAAAAGUCUACUGAAUGCUUGCCAACUACACGGUAAUAAGGGACUUGCUGUGAUUUCUGCCAAGAAGCUUGUUGAACUUCGUCCCAACGAUCCUGCAACAUACGUAUUGCUAGCAAAUGUGCUAGCAUUGGAAGGAAAUUGGAAGGACGCGGAGGGACAGCGAAAGCUUAUGUUGGAUAGAGGAUUGAACAAAAACUUGGUAUUUAAGUGAAGAAAGAUAAACGGUCAGGUCCGUUAUCCACUGAGUUUCCUUUCGUGCACCACUGACUCUCGGAGAUUUCUCGAUUAUCCUUCGUGGUAAGCUACUAGAAUUGGAACCAAUCUGUACAUACUAUACUCAUUUGAUUCCUGUAGGUACAUGCUGAUUGGGCUUACAAUUAGAGAAAGGUGAGUUCUUCAUUCUUUAGAUCUAGAGGUGACAAAAGUAGCUCAUGAAAUCAUAAUCCGCUCAAUCCGUCAAAAGUUUGAAUUGAUUAUUCACCUGUUCAUUUAUUAGCUCAAUUCGUUUGGACUCCGUAACUCGAAUUGAUCCAUGAAAAUUUUGUCUAAAUAUUUCCUAAAACUCCUCUUUUCUUAAAAAAUAAAUAAAUUGAUACUAU